AUGACAGAAGUGGCCUUCUUCCCGCUGCACAUCGGAGACCAUGUGUUUAUAGAGGAAGACUGUGUGGUGAACGCUGCUCAGAUCGGAUCUUACGUUCACAUCGGGAAGAACUGUGUCAUCUCUGACCGGGCCAGGAGUCACUCCAACGCCGACUUGGGGAGUCACUCCAACGCCGACCAGGCCGGGAGUCACUCCUACGCCGACCAGGCCUGGAGACACUCCAACGCCGACCAGGCCAGGAGUCACUCCAACGCCGACCUGGCCGGGAGUCACUCCUACGCCGACCGGGGGAGUCACUCCGGUAGUACGCCGACCGGGCCGGGAGUCACUCCAACGCCGACCAGGCCAGGAGUCACUCCAACGCCGACCGGGCCGGGAGUCACUCCAACGCCGACCGGGGGGAGUCACUCCAACGCCGACCGGGCCUGGAGACACUCCAACGCCGACCUGGCCGGGAGUCACUCCAACGCCGGCCGGGCCAGGAGUCACUCCAACGCCGACCGGGCCGGGAGUCACUCCAACGCCGACCGGGCCUGGAGACACUCCAACACCGACCUGGCCGGGAGUCACUCCAACGCCGACCGGGCCGGAGUCACUCCUACGCCGACCGGGCCUGGAGUCACUCCUACGCCGACCGGGCCGGGAGUCACUCCCUACGCCGACCGGGCCGGGAGUCACUCCUACGCCGACCGGGCGGGAGUCACUCCUCGCCGACCGGGCCGGGAGUCACUCCUACGCCGACCGGGCCUGGAGUCACUCCUACGCCGACCGGGCCGGGAGUCACUCCUACGCCGACAGGGCCUGGAGUCACUCCUACAUCGACCGGGCCGGGAGUCACUCCUACGCCGACCGGGCCUGGAGUCACUCCUACGCCGACCGGGCCUGGAGUCACUCCUACGCCGACCGGGCCUGGAGUCACUCCUACGCCGACCGGGCCGGGAGUCACUCCAACGCCGACCGGGCCUGGAGACACUCCAACGCCGACCGGGCUUGGAGUCACUCCUACGCCGACCGGGCUUGGAGUCACGCCUACGCCGACCGGGCCGGGAGUCACGCCUACGCCGACCGGGCCGGGAGUCACUCCUACGCCGACCGGUCACGCCCUACGCCGACCGGGCCGGGAGUCACUCCUACGCCGACCGGGCCGGGAGUCCUCCCGCCGACCGGGCCUGGAGUCACUCCCUACGCCGACCGGGCCGGGAGUCACUCCUACGCCGACCGGGCCUGGAGUCACCCUACGCCGACCGGGCCUGGAGUCACUCCUACGCCGACCGGGCCUGGAGUCACUCCUACGCCGACCGGGCCUGGAGUCACUCCAACGCCGACCGGGCCUGGAGACGCCGACCGGGCUUGGAGUCACGCCACGCCGACCGGGCUUGGAGUCACGCCUACGCCGACCGGGCCGGGAGUCACUCCUACGCCGACCGGGCCGGGAGUCACUCCGCCGCCGACCGGGCCUGGAUCACUCCUACGCCGACCGGGCCUGGAGUCACUCCUACGCCGACCGGGCCGGGAGUCACUCCAACGCCGACCGGGCCUGGAGACACUCCAACGCCGACCGGGCUUGGAGUCACUCCUACGCCGACCGGGCUUGGAGUCACGCCUACGCCGACCGGGCCGGGAGUCACGCCCUACGCCGACCGGGCCGGAGUCACUCUACGCCGACUGGGCGGGAGUCACUCUUACGCCGACCGGGCCUGGAGUCACUCCUCGCUAGACCGGGCCUGGAGUCACUCUUACGCCGACCGGGCCGGGAGUCACUCCAACGCCGACCGGGCCGGGAGUCACUCUUACGCCGACCUGGCCUGGAGACACUCCAACGCCGACCGGGCCGGGAGUCACUCCAACGCCGACCGGGCCGGGAGACACUCCAACGCCGAUCGGGCCGGGAGUCACUCCAACGCCGACCGGGCCUGGAGACACUCCAACGCCGACCUGGCCGGGAGUCACUCCGCCGACCGGGCCGGGAGUCACUCCACGCCGACCGGGCCGGGGUCACUCCUACGCCGACCGGGCCGGGAGUCACUCUGCGCCGACCGGGCCUGGAGUCACUCCUACGCCGACCGGGCCUGGAGUCACUCCUACGCCGACCGGGCCGGAGUCACUCCCUACGCCGACCCGGGCCGGGAGUCACUCCUACGCCGACCGGGCCGGGAGUCACUCCUACGCCGACCGGGCCUGGAGUCACUCCUCCGCCGACCGGGCUUGGAGUCACGCCUACGCCCGACCGGGCGGGAGUCACGCCCUGACGCCGACCGGGCGGGAGUCACUCCUCCGCCGACCGGGCCGGGAGUCACUCUUCGCCGACCGGGCCUGGAGUCACUCCGCCGACCGGGCCGGGAGUCACUCCUACGCCUUCCGGGCCUGGAGUCCUCCGCCGACCGGGCCUGGAGUCACUCCAACGCCGACCGGGCCUGGAGACACUCCUCGCCGACCGGGGAGUCACUCCUACGCCGACCGGGCUUGGAGUCACGCCUCCGCCGACCGGGCCGGGAGUCACGCCUCCGCCGACCGGGCCGGGAGUCACUCCUCCGCCGACCGGGCCGGGAGUCACUCCUCGCCGACCGGGCCUGGAGUCACUCCUACGCCGACCGGGCCUGGAGUCACUCCGCCGACCGGGCCGGGAGUCACUCCAACGCCGACCGGGCCGGAGUCACUCUUCUACGCCGACCUGGCCUGGAGACACUCCAACGCCGACCAGGCCAGGAGUCACUCCAACGCCGACCGGGCCAGGAGACACUCCAACGCCGAUCGGGCCGGGAGUCACUCCAACGCCGACCGGGCCUGGAGACACUCCAACGCCGACCUGGCCGGGAGUCACUCCUACGCCGACCGGGCCGGGAGUCACUCCUCGCCGACCGGGCCGGGAGUCACUCCUACGCCGACCGGGCCGGGAGUCCUCCUACGCCGACCGGGCCUGGAGUCCUCUUCUCCGACCGGGCCUGGAGUCACUUACGCCGACCGGGCCGGGAGUCACUCUUUUACGCCGACCGGGCCGGGAGUCACUCCUACGCCGACCGGGCUUGGAGUCACGCCUCGCCGACCGGGCCGGGAGUCACGCCCUACGCCGACCGGGCCGGGAGUCACUCCUACGCCGACCGGGCCGGGAGUCACUCCUACGCCGACCGGGCCUGGAGUCACUCCUACGCCGACCGGGCCUGGAGUCACUCCACGCCGGCCGGGCCGGGAGUCACUCCAACGCCGACCGGGCCGGGAGUCACUCCUCGCCGACCUGGCCUGGAGACACUCAACGCCGACCAGGCCAGGAGUCACUCCAACGCCGACCGGGCCAGGAGACACUCCAACGCCGAUCGGGCCGGGAGUCACUCCAACGCCGACCGGGCCGGGAGUCACGCCACGCCGACCGGGCCGGGGAGUCACUCACGCCGACCGGGCCGGGAGUCCUCCUACGCCGACCGGGCCUGGAGUCACUCCUACGCCGACCGGGCCGGGAGUCACUCCGCCGACCGGGCGGAGAGUCACUCCUACGCCGACCGGGCCUGGAGUCACUCCUACGCCGACCGGGCCUGGAGUCACUCCUACGCCGACCGGGCCGGGAGUCACUCCAACGCCGACCGGGCCGGGAGUCACUCCUACGCCGACCUGGCCUGGAGACACUCCAACGCCGACCAGGCCAGGAGUCACUCCAACGCCGACCGGGCCAGGAGACACUCCAACGUCUCCGAUUCGGGCCGGGAGUCACUCCAACGCCGACCGGGCCUGGAGACACUCCAACGCCGACCUGGCCGGGAGUCACUCCUACUAGACCGGGCGGGAGUCACUCCUACGCCGACCGGGCCGGGAGUCACUCCUCGCCGACCGGGCGGGAGUCCUCUUCGCCGACCGGGCCUGGAGUCCUCCCCGCCGACCGGGCUUGGAGUCACGCCUACGCCGACCGGGCCGGGAGUCACGCCUACGCCGACCGGGCCGGAGUCACUCCUACGCCGACCGGGCCGGGAGUCACUCCUACGCCGACCGGGCCUGGAGUCACUCCUCGCCGACCGGGCCGGAGUCACUCCCGCCGACCGGGCCUGGAGUCACUCCUACGCCACCGGGCCUGGAGUCACUCCAACGCCGACCGGGCCUGGAGACACUCCAACGCCGACCGGGCUUGGAGUCACUCCUACGCCGACCGGGCUUGGAGUCACGCCUACGCCGACCGGGCCGGGAGUCACGCCUCGCCCGACCGGGCCGGGUCACUCCCUACGCCCGACCGGGCCGGGGAGUCACUCCUACGCCGACCGGGCCUGGAGUCACUCCUCGCCGACCGGGCCUGGAUCACUCUACGCCGACCGGGCCUGGAGUCACUCCUACGCCGACCGGGCCUGGAGUCACUCCAACGCCGACCGGGCUUGGGAGUCACUCCCUACGCCGACCGGGCCGGGAGUCACGCCUACGCCGACCGGGCCGGGAGUCACUCCCGCCGACCGGGCCGGGAGUCACUCCUACGCCGACCCGGGCCUGGAGUCACUCUACGCCGACCGGGCCUGGAGUCACUCCUACGCCGACCGGGCGGGAGUCCACUCCAACGCCGACCGGGCCGGGAGUCACUCCUACGCCGACCUGGCCUGGAGACACUCCAACGCCGACCAGGCCAGGAGUCACUCCAACGCCGACCGGGCCAGGAGACACUCCAACGCCGAUCGGGCCGGGAGUCACUCCAACGCCGACCGGGCCUGGAGACACUCAACGCCGACCUGGCCGGGAGUCACUCCUACGCCGACCGGGCCGGGAGUCCUCCUACGCCGACCGGUCACUCCUACGCCGACCGGGCCGGGAGUCACUCCCUACGCCGACCGGGCCUGGAGUCACUCCUUCCCGGGCCUGGAGUCACUCCCUCCGCCGACCGGGCCUGGAGUCACUCCUUCGCCGACCGGGCCUGGAGUCACUCCUACGCCGACCGGGCCUGGAGUCACGCCCUACGCCGACCGGGCCGGGAGUCACUCCUACGCCGACCGGGCCUGGAGUCACUCCUACGCCGGCCGGGCCUGGAGUCACUCCUACGCCGACCGGGCCUGGAGUCACUCCUACGCCCGACCCGGGCCUGGAGUCACUCCUACGCCGACCGGGCCUGGAGUCAACGCCGACCGGGCCUGCAGUCACUCCCUCGCCCGACCGGGCCUGGAGUCACUCCUACGCCGACCGGGCCUGGAGUCACUCCUCCGCCGACCGGGCCGGGAGUCACUCCUACGCCGACCGGGCCGGGAGUCACUCCUCCGCCGACCGGGCCGGGAGUCACUCCCGCCGGCCGGGCCGGGAGUCACGCCUCCGCCGACCGGGCCGGGAGUCACGCCUACGCCGACCGGGCCGGGAGUCACUCCUACGCCUUCGACCGGGCCGGGAGUCCUCCUACGCCGACCGGGCCUGGAGUCACUCCUCGCCGACCGGGCGGGAGUCACUCCUACGCCGACCGGGCCUGGAGUCCUCCUCCCGCCGACCGGGCCGGAUCCUCCAACGCCGACCGGGCCUGGAGACACUCCAACGCCGACCCGGGCCUGGAGACACUCCAACGCCGACCGGGCUUGGAGUCACACAAACGCCGACCGGGCUUCACGCCCUACGCCCGACCGGGCCGGGAGUCACGCCUCGCCCGACCGGGCCGGGAGUCACUCCGCCGACCGGGCCGGGAGUCACUCCUACGCCGACCGGGCCUGGAGUCACUCCUCCGCCGCCCGGGCCUGGAGUCCUCCUACGCCGACCGGGCCGGGAGUCACUCCAACGCCGACCGGGUCGGGAGUCACUCCUCCGCCGACCUGGCCUGGAGACACUCCAACGCCGACCAGGCCAGGAGUCCUCCAACCUAGUCCGGCCAGGAGACACUCCAACGCCGAUCGGGCCGGAGUCCUCCACCGCCGGCCGGGCCUGGAGACACGCCGACCUGGCCGGGAGUCACUUACGCCCGCCCUCGACCGGGCCGGGAGUCCUCCUCCGCCGACCUCGGGAGUCACUCCUCCGCCGACCGGGCCUGGAGUCACUCCCGCCGACCGGGCCUGGAGUCACUCCGCCGACCGGGCCGGGAGUCACUCCGCCGACCGGGCCGGAGUCACUCCUACGCCUCGGGCCUGGAGUCACUCCUACGCCGACCGGGCCUGGAGUCACUCCUACGCCGACCGGGCCUGGAGUCACUCCGCCGACCGGGCCUGGAGUCACUCCUCCGCCGACCGGGCCUGGAGUCACGCCCUCGCCGACCGGGCCUGGAGUCACUCCUACGCCGACCGGGCCUGGAGUCACUCCUACGCCGACCGGGCCUGGAGUCACUCCUACGCCGACCCGGGCCUGGAGUCACUCCGCCGACCGGGCCUGGAGUCACUCCUACGCCUCCCGGGCCUGGAGUCACUCCUCCGCCGACCGGGCCUGCAGUCCUCCUACGCCGACCGGGCCUGGAGUCACUCCUACGCCGACCGGGCCUGGAGUCCUCCAACGCCGACCGGGCCUGGAGUCACUCCUACGCCGACCGGGCCGGGAGUCACUCCUACGCCGACCGGGCCGGGAGUCCUCCGCCGGCCGGGCCGGGAGUCACUCCUCGCCGACCGGGCGGGAGUCACUCCUCCGCCCCCGGGCCGGGAGUCACUCCUACGCCGACCGGGCCGGGAGUCACGCCUACGCCGACCGGGCCGGGAGUCACUCCUCCCGCCGACCGGGCCUGGAGUCACUCCUACGCCGACCGGGCCUGGAGUCACUCCACGCCGACCGGGCCUGGAGUCACUCCCGCCGACCGGGCCUGGAGUCCUCCUCCGCCGACCGGGCCUGGAGUCACGCCCUCGCCGACCGGGCCGGGAGUCACUCCUACGCCGACCGGGCCUGGAGUCACUCCUACGCCGACCGGGCCUGGAGAGUCACUCCUCCUCCUCCUCCUCCUCCUCCACCUCCUCCUCCUCCUCCUCCUCCUCCUCCUCUCCUCCUCCUCCUCCUCCUCCCUCCUCCUCCUCUACCUCCUCGACAACACAGUUCUUCCUCCUGAGACCGUGGUUCCUCCCUUCACCGUGUUCUCAGGAUGCCCAG